GUCAAUUGACAAAUGACAAGCUUGACUAAAAACAGUUAUGUUUAGUUUCGCGGUUUAUUAAAAACGAUGUCGAAUCUUAAAAUAUUUUUAUUACUGAAUCGUGAUUUAAAAAUUAACAAACGAUACUAAAAGUGGUAGAGAUGCAGAAAUUACAUGCAAAUAAAAUUGAAAACGUACAGGUUUUGAGAAUAUCUAUUCCUCGACUUCCAUUUAGUGACUGCUCAAACGUUAAUAUGCCUCAAAGAAAAACAUCUAAAAAAAUUAGUACCAAAAAGUGUCUUACUCCAGAAAGAACUGAAAAUAAAUGUAUAGACGAAUUUUCACGAGUUACAAAAAACAAAAAUAUACCAUCACAGAAGGGAACAAGUACAAAAAGAAAAAAUAGAGUGUGUAUAGGAAAGGAUAAAGAAAGCUGCCAUAAUUUGGAAAACGAUUCGGAUGCUAGCUUUAAUGUUGAACAUAAUAGAAAUUUCCAAAAAGACUUAUAUGUGAAACUACACAAUAUUAUUUCAAAUGAUGUAACACACAAGCCAUCAUCUAACAAGAAUGCUAAUUCUAGGUCACAAACAAAAUUUGACGAGAGAUAUAAAAAACAUGUAAAUAAGGAGCUACAUAAUAAGCAAUCGGAAGAAGCUGCAAAUUCAACAUUAAAAAUGUUAACUAUUCCAUUACCAAAGAUGUUGAGAAAAGGUACAGUUAAAAAUUAUUUCGAAUCAACAUUAGAAGAAUCAACUAAUCAGUGUACACCUGAUAAAAAUAAAGUAAAAGUUCCUAUUUAUAGACAACAAUUUCCGAUAUUAACAAAGAAUAAUUCUAAAGAUCCUUAUGCUCUUGAUAUUAUUGAUCCAAAAGAAUCAAAACAAAAAAAAAGAAGCUCUGCAAAAUUCAAUAAAACCAUAUACGAUAUAAUGAAGAAAAUUGAAAAGAAGGAAAAGAAAACAACUAAGAAGAAAAAAGUAACAAAAAUAACUCCAAGCUAUGACCAGAAAAUACUGAAUAUAAUGAAAAAUGUUUUGCAUAAAGUAAAUGAUCGUGACUCGGGAAAUAAGAAAUCACAUAGUUCUAACCCACCAUUGAAAUUAGCAACAAAUUCAAUUAAUGACAGUUCAAAAAUUUCAUUUCCACAUUUAGAUAUAGAAGAUGGUUUCCGUGGCUUUGAUAAGAAUGAAACAACUAUUUCCACUUUAAAUCGAUAUGAUUCUACUAAUUUGGAAAUUUCUGCAAAUAAGAUACCAGGUUCAUCACAAAAGAACAAUGGAUCCCCUCACAUACAUGUUAUCAGUAACAUACUUUUAAAAACCAUUAAAAAUUUUGAGUUUACGAACGCAGCAAAUUGUUCUCAUUCAAGUACAACUUACCAAAAUGAAACAAAUAAUAUGAGUAUAACUUCAGAUAUGAAUCCAUUAGAUAAAUCUCAUAAUUUGCAAAGAGAGUUUCAUGAUAAUAUUCCUCUCUUUUGUGAAGAUGAAAACUGCGAAUCUGAUUUAGAUAACGAUUUUGAAAAUGUAGAAGUUGGAUGUGAUGAAUUCUUUGGUUUCAAAGAUGAAACUGAUGAAACACCAAAAUAUUGCAGAUUUUAUCAUAAGAAAAAAGAACAUCCUUGGAGAUUUCAAGGUUUCUUUAAAAGAAAUCCACAUAUUUUAAAGCUAAAAAAGAACGGUUUACCAUGUAAAGAACAAGAGAUGGUUCUUGAUUAUGAAUUCGUACAAAGGAUAGAAUUACUGUGUGCCAAAAAAUCUGUAGAUACUUCACAUGUAAAGGAACCAGUUCAAACUUCAAUAUUGGAUUACAUAGAAAGUGCUCAUAAUGAACAAGAUGUACCUAAUCGACCAAGUCUAUUUGAUUAUGAGGAAUACAAUGUAGAUAAAGUCCCCAGGAGAGUUUUGGGAAUAAUCCAGAGCAACAAAGUUAUUUCAACACCCACAAAAAAAAUAGAGGAAGAUAUUAGGUCUCCAAAUGUGUCCAUAAUUCGUAGUGAUGAAAAUGAAGAAAAUAAUCCUUUGAAAUCAAUAAGAAAGAGUUAUCAGAGAAAACGUGGGGAGAGAGAGAUUAGAAAAAGUGGGGACGUCCUGAACGAAGAUAUAUUGCCAUCAGUUUUAGAAAAUAAUUAUGAAGUUCCACAAGAUGAAGUUCACUUAUUUGAAGACAUUGAUCAAGAAAAAGAUACAGAUUUUAAUAUUGAUAUGCCAAUCUUCCCAAAAAAGCGAAGAAAAAGACUAUUUUCCGAAGGAUCUGAUGAUGAAAUGGACGAGAAGAAAUCUAAGAGAAAGAAAAAGAACGCUAUGACUAAAGCUGAAGAAAAUGAAUUCAACGCUUGGGCCGAAAAAAUGAAUGCCAGAUUUGCAGAAGAGGAUAAACAUGAAUUAACAAUAGAAUAGAUAUUAUAGAGUAUAAGUAAAAGAACAAUAGAAAGUAUUUAAAGUGCCAUUAAAAGGGUAAUCCCUUUAAAAUUUAUAUAUUGUUUUAUACAUUCAUGUCCAUUCCAUAAUAUUUUCUUUAUAUUCAACUUUUUAUUGUUUUUAAAUAGUCGAAAAUAUUUUAAAAUGUUUAAAAACCUUAUUUUUAUAAGAAAUGUAUACAUGGUGAUACAUCUUACAAUUAGGAAUCACUACUGCUCAAAAUGCAGAAUUUACAUAAUAUGGGACUUUUUUCAUAUUUAAGAUUACAUAAAAUUUUCGUGUAAGAAAUGCUUAUAGUUUCAAAUAUCCAAAAUUUUUCACAUAACUACCCUACAUAAUGUGUUCCUUUCUUAACUAUAAAUGUAUCCUUCCUGACUUUAAAUGUAUCGGAAUAUCUUAGUCAAUUUAUUUUUCAUACACGUAGUAUGUAAUAGUUUUAAUCAUUUCUGCACUAGUUUGUGAGACAAAAUGUUAAUAAUUGCAUACCAAAGUAUGCAAUUAGUGCAGAAACUAGAGAUUGCCCUCUUCUUACAAUAAUGGUUCUUGUGAUACUGUAAGGUGUGUGUAUCAGGUAUGCUUAUUUAUCAUUUUAUUGCUGUUUGUAACUAAAAGAAACUACUACCAAAACCGAAUAAAAGAUGGUGGUAGAUACAUUUCUGACAAAACCAAUUAUUAAUUGGUCAAUGAUUAUAAAAAAAUUAUAAUCUAAAGGUUUAGCCUAGGGCAGUGAAUCUCGAUUUUAUUAUUUAACAGUUUUAAUUUUAAACUGUUCCACAAGUUCACAAAUUCGGCUGUUGUGCUUUUAUACAUUACGAUUUUUGAUAACUAUUUGUAUAUAUAUUUUAAAUUUGAACUUAUUUUCUUUUAUAAAAAUGUUUUUGUGCCUUUUUGCAUAUUAUAUUUGAAACAAAAAAAUGUUGUGUAGCAUUUUAAUUUUAUUAAAAAUAAAAGUAUAUACAUGAA